UGACCGCGCCGCUAUAUAAGCCAGCAAAGCGAUUCAACUUGCAACAGUCAAUCACACUCAGCCAGUGAAGUAACACGUCUCUGAGCUUACUCGUUCUAACCGCACAAGGUUUAUAUUAUCUAUACCUGUCUUUUGGUAUAUUGCCGUUGAACAAAAGAAUUCCAUCAUGAAGCAACCGUACGGCCAAGUCCCACUCUACAUGCUGCAGCCCAGAGCAGUCAUCAGCUUCGCAACACAGACGCUAGAAUAUGCCUCCCAAGUACUCGGAUACCGAGACUCAAGUACCAACUCGAACUCAAACUCGAACUCGGGUUGCGAGAGAGUCAAAGAUGAGCAGACCGGCCUCGAUGUCUACACACUCGAUGAGGUGUCCCAGCACGACAGCUACAACGAUUGCUGGAUUAUCCUCUACGAUAAGGUGUUCGACGUCACUCAGUUCAUGCUGGACCAUCCUGGAGGCGAAGAUGUCAUCAUGGAACACGCCGGCCGGGAUGCCACCAUCGCCUUCCGGGGCGUUGGCCACUCCGUCCCCGCCCUCCAGGCUCUCGACGAGUACCUGGUGGGCAUCCUGCAGAAUGGCGAGAGAUUGUACACAGGCGACGGCCCCUGCCAAUGGAGCACCCUCUGAGGGGGGGAAGGAGAUUGUCUCUCUGAAGGUUCUCGACAUCGUCAGGUGACUCCCGCGCUAGGAUUCUCAUCUAUGAAUCUUAUUGGAACCUCCCUGCCUCUUCUGUGGGUACCUCCGAUGGAGGGGAGGAGAGAAUUUGAAAACCUUCAAGCCUUCGUCCUUCGUACGCUCUCUCUAGUCAAGUCGUCCCAAUGGUAACUCGUCAAUGACAACACGUAACCGUUUCCCCCCCGUGGGGAACGGUCUCCUUAACUGUUCGCUUUCUUCGGGAACUGCUACUCGCUGGAGAAGGGUGACCGCUGAAGACACUUCUGGAUUAUAUGCGCGUCCGUCAUGGUGGACCGUCGGAUUGUUCGUCUCAGUGUGGGAUCCUUCUCGUCAUCUCGUUACGCGAAUCACCUCAUUGUUAAUCCCAUUCAUUUCACUGCGGAUCUGCAGCCAUCAAGGGCGCUUCCGCCGAGUCAUCUUCAUCAUCAUUUGAUGUAUUGUAAAAUAUUUAUGUUCAUAUUCACCUCAUGAUUAGAUCACGUUCAUCCUCACUUUCCUCGCUGAAAUGUGUAUAUUAUUACAUUCCAAGUCUCCUGUGUUCAUUGAUAUUUUAUCAGCGAAUUUAUAUUAUUUUGUUUUACCAUUUUGAUACGCGUCUUAUAUCUAUAUAGGCAUAUCAAAGCUUUAUAAAUACUAGUGUUAAUGAUCGGUUCCAUAACUCAGCUGGAAAGCUUCCAGGAAAGUAACUGGAAGCCAGCAGCGAGUGAGAGGUACCUCGCUUCAGAUUAUUCCAGUACCUGAAGAAUGCAGUCAAGUACUCCCUUGUUUUCUAUGUAUUAUAUAAAAGGGCUCCUUUUGUCUAAGUGAACGGCCUGUCCGCUCUUAAAAUGACCAGUAAGAGAUUUUACUGUACAGAGAUAUUUUUACAUGAAAUAUAAUAUUUAUGGAUAUA